GGACUUCAUAUAUUUGUAAAAACAUCAUGAUCAUCUUGAACUGAAAAGCUGACCUUUUUUUCAACCACUACUUUUUUUUUUAAGAAAUAGAAGAAAAGAAAGAAACUCGUGAUGAACAGAGAUGGAGACAAGGGCGCAAAGACUGCGCUCCGGAGCCAGAAACAGCCCCGGGCGCAGCAGCAGGUUUCUGCCCAGAAGAAGAAGAAAGACCCGGCUUCUAAAGACUCUCAGGCCGGUCAGUGCGACUCCGGGAAGGAGGGGAAAUCUGCGGGGAAACGACCGGGGAAAGUGGCACCAGGUGUCCCGGUGGAGGGCCCCGGCACGCAGAGGAAACUCUCCGAUGCCAGCAACACCUCAGAGGACUUGAGCAAAGACUCCGGCUGCCUGUCCGGGAAAGUGUCCUCCUCAGACAGCAGCUCAGAAAUAUCCGACUGCCCCUCGGAGGGCAACAAUAAGCAGGACUCUCCGAACUGCGACAAUGAUUUAAGCUGGAUAGACGCGGGAGCUUAUUUGAGCCCAGACAGCGAGGGGAAAGGUGAAGGCCAGCCGUGCGUAAAGACACCGAGGCAGCAGCCCGAUGCGGCUGCAGCGGGACUCAGUUUGUUCAACUCUUCAGGGGCGUUUAUGGAUCUCAUGAUGGGAGACACGACCGAAGACCUUGUCAGGGAGGUGGACGAUUUGAGAUCAGAGAACGAGUAUUUGAAAGAUGAGGUGGAGGAGCUUCGCUGCGAGAUGCUGGAAAUGCGCGACAUGUUCCAGGAGGAGGAGGUGUACCAGCUGCAGGAGCUGCGGCUGCAGCUGGAGCAGGCCAACAAGACCUGUCGCAUCCUGCAGUACCGCCUCCGCAAGGCCGAGCGCCGCAGCAUCCGGGUGGCUCAGACGGGACAGGUGGACGGGGAGCUGGUCCGCAGCUUGGAGCAUGACAUAAAGGUUGCAAAGAGCGUGUCCCUGCGGCUGUACAACGAGCUGGAGGCGGUGCAGAAGAAGAACUCCCAGUUGGAGUGGGAGAACGAGGCGCUGCGUGAGAAGACACAAGAACUGGAAGUGUCCAAGCAGGUUUUACAGGCGGAGGUGGAGAAAAGCAGAGAGAGCACACUGAAGAAGAGAAGCAUCCGCUCAACAGCCAGCAGAGCUGAGAAGAGGCUCUCUCAGCAGAUUGAGGAUGACAGCGCUGAUCUCAGGUGCCAACUCCACUUUGCCAAAGAGGAAUCAGCCCUCAUGUGCAAGAAGCUCACCAAGUUAGUGUCCGAGAGCGAAAGCAUGCGCGAAGAGCUGGCCAAAUACCGCUCAGCCUAUGGCGAUAUAGAUGCCACCCAAUCGCCUGAGGGCAAACAAAACUCCGCCCACGCCAGAGAGGCAGAGGUCAAAGUUCACCUGAAGCUGGUGGAAGAGGAGGCCACACUCCUGAGCCGGCGCAUCGUAGAGCUGGAGGUGGAGAACCGGGGACUGCGAGCAGAAAUGAGCGACCUGAGGGAGAAAAUGGGAAGAGGAGGCGGUGAAGAGGAAGAGGAAGAGAAUCGGGAAGUGUUGGAGGAAAAUCUGUCAGCUUCCACAGACAGAGAGGGAAGUUUGAAGAACCGAUGCAAGAUGCAAGAGAAGGGUCACGACGAGGAUGCAGAGAAAGGUAGAAGUGAUGUUGAGACUUCAUCACAGACUGACGGGAUGAUCACUGCCUGUCGAGAGGGUCCUGUGGGCGGUGAGUGGGACCCUUCAGACAGUCAUGAGAGUUAUAACAACAGGAAACCUGACAGAGCUCUCAAAGGAAUGAUGGUGAAAGACUUUGAAACUAUUCUAGCUCUCAGAGAUCAUUCCUGCAUCUUGAGUUCAGCCAUCCAGCUCCUGACGACGCCGACAAAAAACGGCCACCGCUCAUCUACCUCAUGUGCUGGAACCUCUACGGCAGAGGUGGACUUGAAUGGCAAGGCACGUAAGAGUUUCCCAGCAGGGCCAUUAAGUGAGGCGUUGGAGCUUCUGCAGGCCAUGCUGCUGGCUUUCAUUGGGAGGGUGGAGACGCUUCUGACAGGAGAAGAUUUAGGAAAACUCUCCGUGCACAAGGAGUCCUGCACUUUCUCCUGCAAAGAUCUUAAUAAGCAGGAGUGUGUAGAAGACCUUUGCACUUCGGAAAUGAAGGAGAGAGAAAAUCAAAUGAGAUCCUUCCAAUCGGACCUCACCAACAGCUGCAGGGACCCAAAAAUGCGACUGUCCUUGCAGAUUCUGUGGAUCCUGCAUCAGUGGUGUCAAGUUAAAAGACCCGGGCUGGAUGGAGAAGAGGUGAAAGACAAAAGCCUGUCCGUGCUGCAGGAGUUGUUGAAAGACGUGGGUGCAGAGCUUCGGGAUGAGCAGAUUGAAAUAGACAGUGAAGCUCGGGCCACGCAGGGCCGGGCAGCUGAGUGUGUCUUUCACGAUGAAGCUGACAGAAUGUGCAGCUCAAAAGUGAAAAGACUUCGACGACAGUUUUCUCCACACGGCUGUAAGAGGAAGAACUGGUGUUAUCUGGGCCAGGAGGCUUCCCAGCUGGACCGAGAAGACCCCGUUAAGACGUGGGACCAUCUUAUCAUGCCGCUUAGCUUCCCUGAUCUCGACUUUGAGCAGAUGUCCAUGGAGAGAAGCCACACAGCCCCAGAGAAGUCGGCCUUUCGCAUCUACUACAGCCCCCCGUCAGCUCGCAGAGUCCAGCUGGCUCAGCUGAAGCAAAGCCCCGUCGCAGACAGAGAGUCUGUCAACUCUGGCUCUCCCUGGUGCACGCCGCCGACCUCCUUCUCUCCGCUCUGUCUGGGCUCGGCUGCCAACCUCAGCGACGACAUGAAGGAGAUGACGGCCAGCUGGAAGCAGACGGCACACGGCAGGGGGAGAUUACAGCAGCGGUGGGUGGACGUGGUCUGCUCAGGUACUCAGACCCACAUGAAGCCACAGAUGGUGAGCAUUGGUCUGCAGACAGAGGGGACAGUCACUGUGAGAAACAGUCCGUCCAGAGUCCUGAGCACCUCCCUGGUCUCGGCCCGCUCCCACCACAUCUCCACCUCACUGGACGGGGUAUCAGGCAGAGUCGAGAGGUCCAGAUCCACCACCUCCUCGCCUAAACUCUACCGGAGACACUCUGCGUCCAUUGCGUCCUUUGCCCCCUCAUCCACCAAUCUGAGCUCCUCCUCCUCGUCUUCAUCCACCUCCAGAGAUCGAGCCCUGUGGAACCUGAACCACCAGAGUCACACCGGCCUCGCUUGGACCCGACAAACCAGUCAAAGAGUCGCUGCAGGACAGACCCACAGCUCCCUGAGCGGCAACAAGCCUCCCAGCAAACCCGCGGGAGCCAACCGGUAUGGCAUGGUGACGGAGUUCCUGCGCAGGGUGAGCGGCCGGGGAGAGAAACCGGUACCGGGGUCAGGGCAGAAGACGAAGAACGGUCUGAAGAACCUGGAGCGGGUUCCAACGAGGCCUCCCGCCGCUCCGCUGCACAGGAACGACAGCGUGACGAGGAUCGUCAACCAGAGGUUCAUGAAGCAGAGAGAGGAGGCUGGCCGGGCCCAGAGAGAGGAGAAGAGUCCCAACAACAGCCUCCGACACAGCCCGGGCUCCGCCCCCGCAGAGGAUGGAAACUACGACUGCAGCUCCAGCAGCACUUUGACCUUCUGCUUUGCCCGUCCGUCUCGCUCCUCCCAGAGACAAACAUCCCACCAGAGCAAACUCCACCGACACAGAUACUCGCCUCCAGCGAGCACGGCUGCAGACUCCAACUGUGACUGAACAGCUGAGAGAAAUGUAAACUGCUGCAGGAUGGUUGAACUGGGAGAACUGGUAGACUGUAUGUACGAUGUUUAGACUUUAUAGCUCAGUCCUUAAGUUUUCUUUUGGUGCAAUUUCAUAUUUUACAGAUGAUUCAGUCACAAAAAGGUUAAAUUUAAUUAAUAAUCACAAUGUUAAACUUUAUGUAAAACAGAUUUUUCACUCUAUAUUGUAAACUGCUAAUUAACUUUAUAUCAUCUUUGUAGUAUUUUGUAGAGAAUAACCUCAUGUUUUAUCGAAUAAAGAUCUAU